UAUUGCUCGCAUAGUCGUGCCAAGCUACUGUACCUGCCUGUUCCGUGUUUCUCCGAUUUUCUCCCUCUAUCUCGCUCCUUUCACCUAUCUCUGUUGUUCUCUUUUCUGCGGUACCACUUGCGUGCGCGCACGUGUGUAUACGUGAGUGUAUGGGUUAUUUUUUGAUUUUUGAAUAAAACAAGAUGCGGAUCUCUAAAGAGGUGAUCUCUAAAGCAGAGGAAAUCGCUGAUCAGGUAAUCCGCAAUGGGAAACACAUACUACCAACUCUUGCAAGACUUUGCCUCAUAGCCACAUUUUUAGAAGAUGGAUUGAGAAUGUGGUUUCAAUGGUCGGAACAGAAAGAAUUUAUGGACAACACAUGGAAUUGUGGUGUUUUUUUAGCAACACUUUUUGUCUUGGUUAAUUUAAUUGGGCAGCUUGGAGGUUGUGUUAUGGUUAUUGCAAGAUGGAGAGUCAGCAUUGCUUGUGAAAUCUUAUUCUUCAUAGUGGUCCUACAAACAUUAGCUUACAACAUUCUAUGGGAUGUAACAUUCCUAUUCAGAAAUUUAGCAUUAAUAGGCGCACUUUUACUUGUUCUGGCUGAGUCAAGAGUAGAAGGGAGAUCAUUAUUUGCUGGAGUACCAAGUCUUGGAGAUAAUAAGCCUAAAAAUCUACUACAAUUAACUGGCAGAAUUUUGUUGGCAUUCAUGUUUACCACAUUAAUUCGCUUUGAAAUAUCAUUACUUCAAAUUAUGCAAGAUAUUCUUGGAAGUACUUUGAUGGUAUUGGUGACCAUUGGAUACAAAACUAAACUCAGUGCCUUGUUACUUGUGUUACUAUUAACAGCACUUAAUUUCUACCACAAUGCAUGGUGGGCCAUUCCAGAAUAUAAAGCACUUAGGGACUUCCUUAAAUAUGACUUCUUUCAGACACUGUCAGUGAUUGGUGGGCUUUUAAUGAUAGUCUCCUUAGGGCCUGGAGGUGUAUCAAUGGAUGAACAUAAGAAAGAAUGGUAGAUGUCAUGAUGUUAACUGACUGCACAUCAUUACAUUUUCAUGAUUAUUAAGUAAAAACAGUCUCCCAUUCCUGUUCCUUCCUAUGCUCAAUUGAGUUUACAAUAUGUUUACAAUUUAUUGAAUGAAAAGCUGUAGCGUGCACUCAUGUUGAAUCGAUCAAUGUGGGUACAGGCAUCAUCAGAGUAUUGUUGAAAUUAUGUAUUUUAAGGUGACAUAAAUUAAAGUACAUGAAAUUAUAGAGAAAAAUACAAGAAACUCCAGGAUAAUGCUAUUAAGAUACAAACAAAAAGAAGACAACACCAAGACUAAUUUAUAUUAUGAAGCAUUGUACUUAUGACACUGCGUUUAUCAAGGCAAAACAAAAUAUAUUUUUUCUGUGUGUUUUUAAUACAUCAGCAUAUUCUUCCAUAGAACUACAGUUAUGUUAUUUUAUUAAAUUUAUAGACAAU